GAAUCCUAAGUACGUCCUUAUUUUAAAAUGGCGGCAGAACCGUCUCAUAUUUGUUUGGAGACUUCCAUGGGUCAGAUUGUUUGUGAACUUUAUUGGAAGCAUACUCCAAAAACAUGUAAAAACUUUGCCGAACUGGCACAGAGAGGAUAUUAUAAUAACUGCAAGUUCCACAGAAUUAUAAAGGAUUUCAUGAUUCAAACAGGGGACCCUACAGGAACUGGGCGUGGAGGGGCUUCUGUGUAUGGGCCUGCAUUUGAAGAUGAAAUUACAAGAGAUUUAAAACACACAGGAGCUGGAAUCCUUUCAAUGGCAAACAGUGGUCCAAACACAAAUGGAAGCCAGUUUUUCGUCACCUUAGCUCCAACACAGUGGCUUGAUGGUAAACAUACAGUAUUUGGUCGCAUUAGCAAUGGGAUCAGUGUUGUGAAGAGGAUAGGACUAGUGGAAACAGACCCUGGUGAUAGGCCACUUCAUGAUGUUUACAUUUUAAAUGGGAAAGCAGCACCAAAACCCACAUGAAACAUAAUGGUUAUUGUAUGAAGUCAUUGAACCAUCCAUCAAUGUGCUAAAUGCAAACUGCCCAUCUGUCAGACUGUUUUUACAUUGCUGUAUGGAGAUCCAUUAUAACAUGUCCAACUGUGUCAGAGAUUUAUAUGUGACUAGAGGUGUUUGUUGUAACAUGAGCUGAACAACAUCCUUGUUGCAACAUUGAAAGUUGUUAAAACUGUGCCCUAUUUUGUAAAUGUAAGGAUAAACUUUGAACAGAUUGUUUUUAAUUGUUUUCCAAAAAACUUAAUUUAUGUAAUAGUCAAAUAAAUUUUAUCUCAAAGUUAAGAACAAUUUUUUUUUUUUUUUUUUUUUUUUUUUUUUAAGUAAAUUUCAAUGUUUUUUCAAAUGAUUUUAUUAUUACCAUAUCUGGGAGGUUUGUACUCAUGUUUUCUUUCAUGUUUCAUUACUGGCAGUCAGCUUUUAAUUGAAAACCAAAUACGCUUAUGAAUAAAUCAUAGCACUGUAAUUUCUAAUGCUGGAAGGAAAUGUUCAUCCAUGUACAAAUUAGACUAUAGAUAACAAGCAGGAAUAAGGCCCUGUUAGGAGGGGUAUAGAUGUCACCUGUCUGAAUAUCAAACUUUGUCACGUCGCCAUUUCGGAAGGUUCUGAUGUCACUGUCGCAAUUUCAUUAAUGUCUUGCUUGAAGUCACAUUUUCAUUUCCCUGAUGUGGCUGUUUCAACGCCAUGUCAGCCAUCGGAAUUUACCCUAUCAGGGCCUCAGGAAUGCUUUCCUUCAACUGAUGCUCUUGUGUGACUGGGUGACUGGGCUACAACAAUGUUUUUAAAACAUGUAUCAGUUCUAAUCUGUUCCAGCCUCUGGAUAGAGGACACACCCACUGUUCUUUACUUGCUUGUAUAGAACAUGUUCUAUUUUCUCAUGCUAAAACUUGUAACAUUACGGGAAUUAGAUUAAUGUUUCUGAGUGGUUUGUUGUGUUAAGCCUUUACACCUUAAUAUCAGUAUCCAUAUUUUUCAUAUUCUUCAGAAGAAUAUGAAAAGUGUGGAUACUGAUGUUAAGGUGUAAAUUAGGCUUAACAACUUUCAAUGUUGCAACAAGGAUGUUGUUCAGCUCAUGUUACAACAAACACCUCUAGUCACAUAUAAAUCUCUGACACAGUUGGACAUGUUAUAAUGGAUCUCCAUACAGAAUGUAACAUUAUCUUUGGUACUGAUGUAGAGAAUUCAGUGAACAAUCACAGCUUCUGUUGUUGGCAAAUCAUUCCCUUUAUCCUUGUGAUCUUAAUGAAUGAUUCAGCAGUGUUACUGUAAGAAAAAAUAUCAUGCUUGUCCGUCUUAGGGUUGAAAGGGUUAAGCAGGUUGAACAACUUCAGGUACAAGAGGUGUGGACUCAAGACCUGGCUAGUGUCAUUUUAUGAUAUAUUCUGCGAUAUAUUCAGGGGCACCCCACCUAAUUACAAGGAGCACUGUGGAGAGAGCAACCUGUCGUGAAAACCUGAUUUAAGACUGAUGAUUUCCUGUGGACUAGAAUGACAUCUAAAAUAAAUACCAUCGUGUCCCAAUUGGCCCCUUCUGUUUCAACUUGAAUAAUUAACCUGUUAGUAAAAGGAGAGGGAUAUGAUCUUGCUGUAACAAUGAGAAUGAAAAAUGUUUAUUACAACAUGCACAUGUACUUGGAAGCCUGUAUUUGCCCAUUCUAAAAUUCUGUGUUUCAACCCUACAUGUUCAUGCGAUGGCCUGAUUUUACUAAUAAACUGGGUGGCAUACUCAGAAGAGAACAAUGACAUACACUCUUAUGCUCCUAAUGAGUUUUCAAUCCUAUUGAUCCUUCUCUCUUUAAGUUCCCUCUCCCCCAUCUAGUCUUGAAAAUUCAUAAGCCCCUUUAAUGGCAGCUUUAGAGAUGCUUACUUUGCCUCUAUUUUCUUGUCAUGCCCCUACUAUGAAGAUGGGCCUAAUAUAACAGCAUACCGAAGCUGCAAUUACUUUCAAAUACGUAAUAUUUUAUUUUGUUGUAAAAUGUGGAAAAAAAAAUUAUGCUUGUAGUACUCAGUUACUGGACAAUACUCCCAAGAUUUAAUUGUGAAUUCUCCCCUGUAGCUAACUACACAUUUAUUUACAAUAAUUUAGUUUUUAAUCAAGAGAACAACUUCUACCUGCUAAGUUUGACUAGUCUUAUUACCUGGUUGGUGGAUGUUAUUGGGAGAAGUUAUAUGUUGAUCACCUUUGGGAGUUAAAGGGUUACCUAUUACACCCCAAGAUUGUUGUGCAUAUUCUCCAGAGUGUAUUCUAUGCAAUUCUAAUGGUACUGAUGAAGAGAAUUUAUUUGACAAAUAAAAGCCUGUUUGCUGGA